GUUGGAGCUCAUUGUUUUGUAUUUCAGGGAUUGGGCUAACAGAAUGCCAGGCCUGGUUUUCAAGGACAAUUGGCCUCUUUUCUGGAUGCUACAAGUAAAGGUGACAAUUCAUGUUGAUGGUUGGUGUUUCGGUACUAGCUAAAUAAAUUAAAUGCACGAAAAAUAAUUGGGUUAGAAAUAUGAAUGCCCUGGCUAGUUGGCUCUAUUAUAUUGGAUUGGCAUCUUUUACCCCUCCCAAAAGGGUCCUGUCCUAUUCUACCCACAUGCAGCCUGGGUUGUAUUUGAUAAAGCCAACCUAGCCCACUAAAAAUCCAAUGGGAACCAUCUAGCCACUCAGAAAAUAAGGAUGUUUCUGCCUUUCACUUUCUAAUUUAUUUUAUCUACCUAUGUGUCAAGAAUACUGGCCUCUAGAUGGAUUCUGGGUCCAGGAAUACAAUUAUAAUUUUUAAUCCUUCUGUGCGGAGUGGUGGCCAUUGUUGCUAUGUUCUGUCAGCCUAUACGCAAGUUGGAGAAUAGUGAAGGGCAGAUGCGUUUCCCCCACGCCUACCACUGCAAGUUGGGAGCUGGAUAUCAUAAAAGGAGAUGAAAAAGGCAUCCAUCCCCGUCAUCUCACUUUCGAGGGAUCUGGCAAAACUAAGAUAAGGCCUAGCCUUAUUCUUUGUUUGUUCCAAUGAGAAACGGUUCUUUAAGAAUAAUUAGCAAAAAUGGUAGGUAAAGAACAAAGUUGGUUCCCUUUACCACACACCCACAAUUCAACACGCACCAUUACAGGACAAGCCCAAGAAAAGUGAGAAAAAAUGGUUAGAAGUCCUCUUAGAUCAAUUAGCAAUAGUAUCCAUGGUUAUCCUUUCAGUAAAGUAUUAUCUUGCGUCAAAGACUUAGCGUAGGAUCUAAGUUGGUCUACGAAUUUGGUGGAUGGAUAUGAACGCUGCGGGAAAAAAAUAUUUCCUUUGAAGAUGGAAUCUAGCUUUUCAUAUUAUAAAGAGCCAUCCAUUUUUAUGCCACCUUCACAACACUGCAAGCCUUCCUCUGUAUCGCAAGCACGCCAAUGUAUUGCUUGAACUUGAGAAAGAGGCUUUUGCCAGCCAGAAAGGCCUGGAGGAGCUUCACCACCAAGCUUCAAAGCAAACUGCACAAGCUCCAGAAGUCUAAAUCCAUCAAGAAGAAAACCCCCUGCCAAAGGAAGGCUUUCAAGAGAACUAAAUACCGGACCAGCACUGCAGUUCUUCGGCCCUCAGUAUCGUCUCAGCCCCAUCUUCAGCAUAAAAAACAGUUAAUCCAGCCACCCAACACGCUUGCUGUUCAGUAUCGUCGAAGCCAUGUAGUGCAGAAGAGGGCUGCACCUGUAUAUGUGGAUGAGCUCUUUAACGAGCCCAUCUCCAAGGGGGUAGAGCCCCUCCACACACCAGCAGUCGCAGCAGGAGGAAGCAAGGGUGCUGCUGCAAGGUGUCCACCGAGCACGAAGAGGAUGAAGGUUCUUAACCAACCGGCUAUGCUGCCAGGAUCAAGCCAGGAAAGGAGGAAGUGCAGCAGUGAUCAAAAGACACGCGGAGCAGAUGAAAUGUGGGAAUCUGUGGGAUUGGCAUCACCACUGAUGUAUGGAAUAGAUGAAAGGGCAGAGGAGUUCAUAGCAAGAUUCAGGGCGGAUUUGGCCCGCGGAGUAUAGCACACUGAAGUGCCAGAUAGAAUUUAGAUCUAAUCUUCGAACUCUUUUUGGUAUGUAUUUCAGUUUGUAAAGGAGUUGAUGAUAUGAAUGAAAAAGAAAGGGGGGUUCAUUUGUACCUGCACCCAACUGUUCAGAUAUUA